UGGGGCAGUAAGCGCUGCCUACACAGCUGGAGUGCCGGCGAGGGCACAGCACGGGCAGCGGCUUCUGGACGGCGCGAUGAGCGGACGGUAGCCUCCCUGAUGCUACAGACAAGAGGAGAACAUGAAGGAAGAUUGUCCACCCAGUUCUCAUGUUCCCAUCAGUGACAGCAAGUCCAUCUUGAAGUCGGAGCUCUUAAGCUUGCUAAAAACUUACAACUGCUACCACGAAGGCAGAAGCUUUCAGCUGAGACACCGAGAGGAGGAAGGCGCUUUGAUCAUUGAGGGACUUCUCAACAUUGCCUGGGGACUGAGGCGGCCAAUCCGGCUCCAGAUCCAGGAUGACAGGGAGCGAGUGCAUCUCUCGGCAGCCUCCUGGACGCCUGGACAGCCCAGCUGCCACCUAAAGGAGCCGCUUCUUCAGGAUGGCAAGGUCGCUGCCCAGGAGCCGAACGCUCAGACGGCGCCCAGCACCGAGAGUUCCAGAGACAGCUCAGAGCCCGUGGAGGAGGAUGAGGAGACCCCACAGCUGAUGCGGACCAAGAGCGACGCAGCCUGUGUGAUCCAGAGGAGGCCCCGGUCCCGCACACCCGGCGAGGCCCAGAGGAUCCGGCGACAUCGGUUCUCCAUCAACGGGCACUUUUACAACCACAAGACCUCAGUGUUUACUCCUGCCUAUGGGUCUGUGACCAACGUGAGGGUCAACAGCACCAUGACAACCCUGCACGUGCUCACCCUGCUGCUGAACAAGUUCCGAGUGGAAAAUGGCCCCAGUGAAUUUGCACUCUACAUUGUUCACGAGUCUGGGGAGCGAACAAAAUUAAAAGACUGUGAGUACCCGCUGAUUUCCAGGAUCCUGCACGGGCCGUGUGAGAAGAUCGCCAGGAUGUUCCUGAUGGAAGCCGACCUGGGCGAGGAAGUCCCCCACGACGUCGCUCAGUACAUUAAAUUUGAAAUGCCGGUGCUGGACAGUUUUGUUGAAAAAUUAAAAGAAGAGGAGGAAAGAGAAAUAAUCAAACUGACCAUGAAGUUCCAAGCCCUGCGUCUGACGAUGCUGCAGCGCCUGGAGCAGCUGGUGGAGGCCGAGUAGCCAGCCGGCACCAGCCUCUUCCGAAGCCCCCUACGGCCGGUGCGCACCGAGCGCCGGUGGCCAGGCCCUGAUCGGUCACAUUGACCGAGAGCCACCGGCUGAGGAGUCUAGCACACGUGCUUCUACAUGUCUACCUGCCCGAGCACCAUAAGUCCCGUGCCCCUGGCUCCUGGCUUACUCGCAGGGCCCAGAGCCAGGCCUGAGGAGCCAGAAAUUUGCCGGGUGGGGUGUCUGUGUGAGGCCUGCCUGUGCGGCAAGUAGCCCCGAAGCCGUGGCACUGGCCAGAGUAUGGGGCUGGAUGUCGCGGCCGGUCCUGUUCACGCCGUACCUCUCUGGCUCAGGAGAGCAGUACGCGAUCGAGCCCGUGAGGUGUGCGCUCUGUCUGCUCUCCCAGGGCCCGGCCCAGAGUUUCUGCACAGCCACAAGCCCCCCACCUCCUCAUCCACGUGACCCACAAGAUCCCCGUCUGCCCUCACCUCAUGCAGCAGCUCCGGACUCUGCUGGGAAAAGCAGGGGCUGCUAGCAGACACGGGAUGUGCCCUGUGUCCGGCCAUCGCUUCUCCACGGCAUCCCUGGCCGCCCACCCCAUGAGCCCCAUGCAGCCUAGCACCCUGGCAGCAGAGGUCAGACCAGGAGUAAGACCAGGAGCGCACCAUCUUCCCUCUGCAGCACUCACUCUUAACAUCCUCAGUGAGACCUGAAGGAAUUCUUAUAAGGAGCUUGCUGCAGGAAACAUGGCACUUUGAUCACACGGAGGAGGUGGCCCACGUGGCGUUGGAAGGGUGCCAGCCUGUGUGGAGCAGAGUCCAGGGGGCUGUGGGGGGGUCAGCCAUAUGGUGGGCUCGGGAAGGCAAUGGUCCGUCCCCGUCGCGCUGUCCCAUGGAUACCUGUGUGCCUCUUGCCCUUUCUGGUCUCUUUCUUCCACUCUCUACGCUUCCCAUCAAAGGGGCACAAUGAGAAGAAAUGUGUAUUUGAGGAGAAAGCGCUUUGAACCCCCUGGGGCCAGAACAAUUUGGGUUUGUCAGCUGUUGGAGAAUUUCUGGAAUGAACAAGAAGGCCUUUGCACAACUGUGCAACAGUUUACAUUGGUCAUGUGAAGUGUUUGUCCAAACCAGAGCAAAUUAAAGACCAAAUUCUUUUCCCACUGGGGCCUGUGGAUAGUGGAUUUAAAGAGAAGAACUAGAGAGUCUUCCAGAUAUAAGAGAGAUCCCAACUCUGCUCCGUGCAGUGGCUCCUUACUGGCCCCCACAAAGAGCAGAGCUUGGGAGCAGCCGUGUCCUGUGGAUCCACUGUUCAGGGUGAACUUCGUGCCGGGGGUGCCCUGACCUAGCUCUGCCGUCACAGAGACAUGCAGAGAUGCCCCAGGGAGAUCCCCUGCAGUUUCUGUCAUCUCUGUUCUCCUUUGGCAACAUAAUUUCACAGGUGCUCAAUAAAGGUGUGCUGAAGUGAAGGA